UGGUGGACCUGCAGCCCGGUAGAACGAUAGACAGAAAGAAGCAGCAGAGACAGACCAAACACACACACAGCUAGACUUACUGUUACCUUCACUUUAAUAUACACACAGACACACAGAAGAGCAGGUAGAUAAAGAGCCGACCUGAAGCCUACCAGACACACUCAUCUGUCCUCACACUCUCUCACACACUCAGCAGCAUGUUUCGCUGGAGGCUCCCCCAGGCAGUGUGCGUGCUGUCGGCAUGUGUAUGUCUGCUGCUGGCGUACGAGGAUGAUAUUGAGGUCAAUUACGCUGACCCCUUCUACAAUGAAAUCACAGAGGGACAGACGCCAGAACCUACACCAAGCUCGACUCCCUGCAGUUCUCCAGACCUGACCAAAUGGGACAAACUCUUCUCAAUGCUGGAGAACAGUCAGAUGAGGGAGAAUAUGAUGCUUCAGUAUGCAAAUGACAUCAUCAAGGUGGAGAUGGGGUCGCUGCGUGGGGAAAUGCUCAGGUUUAUAGCACAGUAUGGUGGCUCAUGCGGGGUUGCUGUGGAGUCAGCAGGAAGAAGGAUGGCCUUGCAGCUGGAGGGCCGCCUUAGAGAAACCGUGGAUCGCUUCAAAAUCAAAGACCAGAUUUCUGCCUCUGCAGGAAAUUCUGUUGGGAAUUCCGGCCACCUUGAGGGAAUGCUACAGCAGCUCCUCUCUGCAGCACGCAGCCAAGCUUCACAACUCGCCAAGUUGGAGAUCAGCUGCUUCAGCAGCCCAGGAGCCGGGACGGGGAUGAAUUCAAAGACAGGAUCUCCUUUUACUGAGGGCACAGCUGGGCUUCGAGAGCAAGAGGUAACAUCACGAGAUGUGACUUUAGACACUGUGCUCGCUGCUCUGCAACAGACCAGAGUGGAGCAGGAGGAGUUGCUGAGGUCAUCAAGGCAAAGAUACCUUCCCGGAGGUUGUGAGAUGGCUCUCCUCUUCCCCAUGCGUUCUCGUCGAAUCUACACCUCAGUUUUACCUGAGGUCCCUCUCUCUGUCUCCGCCUUCACAGUCUGCAUGUGGGUGAAGCCAACCACUGUCUCCAACAAAACUGUACUCUUGUCUUACGGAAACCGCCGCAACCCAUAUGAGAUUCAGCUACUGCUAGCUCAAACGUCAGCGCUCUUCACCAUAGGAGGAGAGGCUCACCUGGUUGAAGCACGGGGCGUUGUCAACACAGGAAGUGCAUCGGAAUGGAUCCAUUUGUGCGGGGCUUGGUCGUCCAAGCAGGGUCUGGCAUCCCUGUGGGUAGGUGGGAAAAAGGUGGCAUCGGUCCCCGGAGUGGCUGAGGGUCAUGUCUUACCCGACGGUGGCUCGAUGCAGCUGGGUCAGGAAAGGAACGGCUGCUGCCCAAUUGCUCAAAACAUCGGGAUGCCAGGGUUUGAGGCAGGAUUCGAUCAUAAGCUGGCGUUCACAGGGAAAAUAACAGGAGUGAACAUGUGGGACAGGGUUCUGUCAGAGGAGGAGAUUCCCCAGCUGGCUACCAGGGGGGGCCAGGGCUGUGAGCAGAGAGGAAAUGUGGUAGCGUGGGGAGUGACGGAGAUGGUGCCCCAUGGAGGUGCUCAGUUCAUCAACUAACAUAUUCGUUCACUUUUCAUGGUAGAUGUUGUCAUCAGCAUCAACAGAGUCAUCAUCGUCAUAUCAGCAACAUCCCAACAAGCUUUCACGCUAAAACUGAAAAACUGUUUAUGUCAUCACCCUGUUGAUCCAUAGUUAAAUAUCCAAUAUCCAUCCAAUAACCAUGUUAUUUUCAAGACAGUUAUAUUCUUAUGCAUCUUGAUCUUCAAUUUACACAUAAACACUAAUGCUGCAAGGACUUUAACAGGACAUAUUCAUAUGUGAGAAAGCCAAUGCUGAGAGAGAUUCCUGUAGCCUAACCAUUUAAACUGAGGCCUUACAAUACACAGAGAUCUACUCACACACACACACACACACACACACACACACACACACACACACACACACACACACACACACACACACACACACACACACACACACACACACACACACACACACACACAC